AUGGAGAGGGAGAGAGACUGGAGUGAGCUUCCGACGGAGAUAUUAUCAACGAUCGGAAACCGCCUCGAUUCUCCGAUGGACUUUCUCCGAUUCCGCAGCAUCUGCAAUCCAUGGCGCUCAUCUAUCACUCGCUUCCAUCCGAUUUCUCUUCCCUCACCUCUCAAAUUCCCAUGUCCAUUCGGCACCGGACAAGACGCUUUUCUCUCGGAAACUACCAUAUACCGUACCAAACCACCACCGCACAACGACGACCACAAUUCAUAUCUUUCAAAGUCGUGUUUGGUUAUAUUCGACGAGACUGAACCCCGUAACCAUCCUCACUGGAUCCGCCAAAUCAUCAACGACGACAACAACAACAACUUCCCACAGAUUCUGAGUCUGUUGGACUUCCCGAUGUUGAAGAUAGGCAAAUCCAAUACACUCAACUAUCUGAAUUUCAGUUCCUCCAUGACUGUGGUAAGUAAAGUGAUUCGGUACCCCGAUACUACAUCUUUGGCUGAUUCGGAAGAUUGUACAAUUUUCAUUAUUUACGACGGUGGCAAAUUGGGUUUUGCCAAGUAUGGGGAUCAGAGCCCAACACUUGUUGACGAUAAGAUUACCGAUUAUAACGAUCUGAUUGUGUACAAAGGGCAAUUGUAUGUUGUGGACAAGUGGGGAACAGUUUGGUGGAUACAAUUUCCAUCUUUGAAGCUGACCCAAUUUUCGCCUUCUCUGUUGGGUUCCGGUGGUAGGAAGCACUUAGUGGAAUCAUGCGGAGAGCUUUAUGUGGUUGAUAGGUACCUUGAUGUUGACCAAAACCAAGGUCAGGAUCCUAAUCAUCAUCGUCGUAUUACAAUUCAUCGUCGGCGUCAAGGUCCUCUUCUUCGGAGAAUCAACACAGAGAUCAGGGGUGAUUUAGCUUGGGGAAAGACGGUAGAUUUCAAGGUUUAUAAGCUAGAUGAAACUUGGGGCAAAUGGGUGGAGGCGACAGACUUGGGUGAUCAAGCUUUUAUAUUGAGCGGUGACAUAUCUUUCUCUGUCUUCGUUUCUGAUUUCGAUACGUGCAAAGGGAAUUGCAUAUAUUUCAAAGAUCGAUAUGACUGCAGUUUAUUCUCAUUUGGUCAGGAUGGCUGUAUCUUUAACCUGGUCGAUCGGAGCAUUGAUAAAUAUCGUUGGUCGUGGCCUCUUUGCUUCUCUAAUCUGCAUCUCAACAGAAAGCUAUGGAUUUUGGACUGCUCCAAUCCUCCGAUAAUUGAACCAGUCACUUCCAUGGAACCAGUCACUGCCACUUGCCAACUGCCAAGUCAAACCCACUUUAAUGACUGA